CAAAUUUAUUUGACGAACAGUUUUCUAAGCAGGCCGUCUAUGAUCGAAAUAGGCAGCUUAAACGUCACGGUUUUGAAUGGGGUGACUAGUCUAGAAUCUAUUAUAUUUCAGGUCACCGAGCUUCGAUGCUGCGAAGUGCGAUGGUUCUAUCGAAAAAACGAAGUUGAUAAAUGGAUUAAUUUCAAUGGAAAAGAUUCGUUGUUUUUGGAAGCGAAAUAUCGCUCCGUAUUUAGUAUUCCAUUGGACGAACAAAUGACCGUUGAACUCCUAGAAAAUGGCUUUACGUUUAGGCAAUCAGUCGUGGUACUGGAAGGGCUUUAUAAAGUGAAUGAUGAACUAACGAAGGUGGAGGCAAUCUACUGGAAGGGAGAUUCAUGUGAAAUACGAAGGGGCACAUGGUUCUUCCAGGAUUGGCAACCGUUAGAACCACCAGUGGCUGAAGCGAUCGAAGCUCACCAUUUACAAUACUUUAGAGGUCAAACUAUUCCAGAAGGACUUACAGUGUUUUCCGCAAAGGAAGCCAGUAAUAAACCACAGUUGACUGAGUUACAAUUAGAAGGAAUGGAGAUUCGAUGGAGCUCUGUUAUCGACGUAUCGCUCUCGUUCAAAAGGGGAGCCAUAUUAAGAUACAUUGGCUGGGGAAAGAGCCAAGCUUUGCGUCGUGGGUUCCACAAAGAUGCGGAAUGGGACGAUGGACCAGCGGAAAUAAGCCAUCUUAUACUCGUCGUUCACGGCAUCGGACAGAAGGGUUACGAAAAUCUCAUUGCAGAGAAUGCUCAGCAAGUUCGGGAGGCUGUUGUUAGUGCAAUAGAACGAUGUUAUCCUGAAGAGAAAAGUCGGCCGAUGUUUCUACCUGUGGAGUGGAGAUCGAUUUUAAAGCUAGACGAUGGUGUGACUGAUGUCAUAACAUUGCCGAAAAUGAGUAGUAUGCGGAAUGUUCUCAAUAGCACUGCUAUGGACAUAAUGUACUAUCAAAGCCCCCUCUACCGUAGAGAGAUCAUCAGUGGUGUUGUUCGUCAGCUGAAUCGUAUCUAUACACUUUUUACGGAAAAUAAUCCGAGUUUUUCUGGUCCCGUUUCAAUAUUUGCACAUUCUCUUGGGUCUGUUAUCAUCUACGAUAUUCUUCUUCGUUGGUCUCCUUUUCUGCUUUACGAUAAAUAUGUUACUCAUGCGAUGGUGAGAUAUUUUAAUCAGUUUUGCGGUGCUCUGUUUAUUCCAGUUGCAACUGUUAAAUUUCAUAUUUUCAGUUUGUAUGAAAAAAUCGAUGGAGGAAUCAACAAAAUGCUACAGUACAGUGAUGAGGAACUCUUGUUCAAGGUCAAGUAUCUGUUCGCUGUUGGAAGUCCUCUCGCUGUCUUCCUAGUGAUGCGCGGUGCGACUCACACUGAUCUGUUGCCAGCCAAAAUGAAUGUGGAGCGCAUUUUCAAUAUUUUCCAUCCUUACGAUCCUGUGGCGUACAGAUUAGAGCCAAUGUUUAUACCAGAGUAUCGCUACAUCCGUCCCAUAAAGCUUUUCACCAGUCACGACAUGCGUGCACGUGGUUCUUACGAUGAGCUGCCAUUGGAUGUAUAUAAAAGUUACAUGAAGAAGCUCAAAAAUGAGGCGAAAUCUAAGAAGAAUAAAUCGAAUGAUGCCCGGAGUGGGGGUGACGACGAUUUGGACGAGGAGGACGAUUGCGACUCGGAUUACGAUGCCAAAAGUGGAUGUUCUUCUCCUCGGUGCGUAACGCCACCUGGUGACGGAGCCUCCAUAGAGAAGCCAGCGAAAAAGGGUUGGUUCUCUUCUUUCACCACUGCCGCACCUAAGAAGGCUGCCAUACCGGCAGCAGCUUCAUCCGAACCGACUGUCGAAGUGGCGAAGGAGGCUGAGUCAGAACUUCCUCUAGCUGAUCGCCUGCUGGGUAGCGGUGUCCGACCACCUCAUCGGAUGGAUUUCCAGUUACAGCCAGCUCUAACGGAUAAGAGCUAUUGGUCAGUGCUGAAAAGCCACUUCAGCUAUUGGACUAAUGCUGACUUGGCCGUUUUUGUGGCAAACGUCCUACGUGGGGAACAACCGACGAAAAGUCAUGAUAAUGGUGUGGGUCAAGCCGAAAAUCACUCCCAGGCUAACAACAAGUCACCUCUGCCACCAUAG